CAAAUAAUUUGUAAAAUGAUUGUUGCGGGUUUCACUGGUCAACUCCGAGGAUGGUGGGAUAAUUUUCUAGAUGAUACAAAACGCGAAGCUAUCUUUAAUGCUACAAAUGAUCAACCGGGGAAAGAUAAUCUUGGUCGUGCUCUCCCGGCAGGUAGAUCAGAUGCAGUCUAUACACUCAUGCUAACUAUUAUUGAACAUUUUGGCGGACGAUUUACCAAUCAAUACGAAAAUAUUCGAACUCUUCUCAAUGGUUUAAAAUGCCGCCAUCUAGGCGAAUUUCGUUGGUAUAAAGACACCUUUCUUAGUCGAGUCAUGGACUUACCCGAGAGUAAGUAUGAACAUUGGAAAGCUAAAUUCAUUGACGGUCUUCCCCCCCUAUUUGCUGCACGUGUUCGUAAAACUCUUAGAGGAUCUUAUGGCGAAAUUCCUUAUUCUGAAAAAACUUAUGGUCAACUAAUUGUAGCCUGUACACAAGAAGGCUUAGCCCUCUGUAAUGAGCUAAAAUUAGCUAGACAAGUCAAGCUUGAUAAGCUCAGAGAGAAAUCUCAAUUGGGCGACUUCUGUGAACAAUUCGGCAUAGAAAAACCCUUAGUUCAAAAAUCCCGAAAAUAUUCAAAAUCUAAACCUUACUAUAAAUCCAAACACUCUAGGCAUCGGAGUAAGGAAGAGCGCGAAGCUCGAAAGUCCUUCCGAAAGUCUACUAGAUUUGCUAAAAAUCAUUCGAAGCGUGAUUUAGCAAAAAUCAAAUGCUAUAAGUGUAAUCAAUAUGGUCAUAUUGCUCCCAAUUGCAAAUUGCAAAAACUUAAGUCAUUAAGACUUUCUGAAGAAAUUCAUGACCAAGUCUAUAAUUUAUUAUAUACCUCUGACUUUGACUCUGAUUCUACUUCUGAAAAUGAUUUUGAAUUACCUAAUUCAGGUAGUGAGCAAAGUCAGAAUAAUAGAUGUGAUGACUGUGAUAAUGAUUUGUGCAAUUGUGAUGAAAUGAUGUAUAAACUUCAAGCGCAAUUCGAAGACCUAGAUCUUGAUAUUAAAACUCUCACCGCUGAAAAUAUUCUUGAAUUACUUAAAGAAGUUUCGGAUGAAAAACUUCGUGAGAAAAUCCUUAAUCUUGCUACCCAAAAAAUUUCUGCCUCUUCUAGUAAGUCUAGAGAUAACACUUUCGAAAAUCAACCUAUGUCUUAUUCUUUAGCUGAAGUAAAUCGGCGACUUGCUAUAAGUAAAACUCCUGGUAGAGACACCACUUUUGACGAUUUAAAACUCGAAGUUGAAAAACUCAAAAAGGAAAUUCUUUCGCUUCAACAAAAUCAGAUA